AAAUAAGCCUCGGACAUUGCGGCAGCUUGAGCUUCUUUGCCUCCAGUCGUGUGAUUCGGGAGACCUCAGGGAGUCAGGGAUGCAAAAGCAGGAGGAAGCAGAGGCAGUUCGCCGUGGCCGUUGUGGGCAUAGCCAGCAUGGAUGCCAGAGUGCUCUCCCACGAGGAGUACCCAGUCAGCACCAUCAUCCUCCAUGAGGACUUUGACGAGGUGACGAUGACCAAUAACCUGGCCCUCCUGAAGACCGACACGGCGAUGCAGUUCAGCGGCCUGGUCCGGUCCGUCUGUUACCUCGGCACAAAGCUGCACGUGCCGCUGGCCCUGCGGAACUGCUGGGUGGCAGGAUGGAACCCCACGUUUGCAACAGGGAACCACAUGACGAUGAGUAUCCUGAGGAAAAUCUCCAUGAACGACCUCGACCAGUGUCCCUUCCCCACUUUCCAGAAGACAGGAUGUGGCGAUCACGUGGCGGGGGAGACGGAUAGCGUCUGCUUGGGGGACCCAGGAAACCCACUGAUGUGCCAGCUGCAGAAGUCGUAUCUGUGGGUGCUGAGGGGAAUCCUGACCGAAGGGGGCGAGCGGUGCCCCGGCCUGCUGGUGUACGUCAAGGUGGAAGACUACAGCGACUGGAUCGAGUCCAAGACCAGGACGUCCGGCCUGCCCCUGUCUGCCGUGUACCACUGGGAGAACACGGUGCCUGUCCACGGCUACUCGCCGCAUGCCACCGUGGAGCAGAAAACACAUUCCGGGCUGAGCCAGGUUACGUGGACCGAGACUCAACUCCAAACACAAGAGAGCACCACGGCCGUGACCUCAGAGCCAGAAAACAGCUCCGAGGAGAGCGAAGAGUCGAGGGGGGAGGAAGUGAGGGAGACGAGCAGCCUCUCCGAGGCGGCCGUGGAGGAGGCCACGCAGCCCGAGUACUUUGACUAUUACCAGGAGCAGCAGGCUGGGGAGGACAAGGCCGUCUCGGGUCAGGACAGGUUACCGGAGCCCCGAGAAAUGGUCCUGUUUGCCUUCGUGUUUUCUUUUGUCGUGGUGUAGAGUCUGGGGGCCGGCCCUCCAGACUGGAGAGCAAGCUCAGGAUGGCGGGGGCCAGGCAUUCACCGCGCUGUUUCGGUGUCUGUUUUUGAUCGCCGCACACCCGGGCAGCCGCGGGCAGGCCCGUGGCUCUCCCUCCCCCGUCCCACUCGCCCAUGCGGGACGGUCACUUUCAUUUGUGCUUGUGAAGUAAAUGUAGGCUAAUCAGUGAAACCGUUCGAGUGCCCUGUGGUUCUUUCAGGGUAAGGGACCUGGGGGCCAGGCGGCGAGGACACCUGCCCCGCACAGGCAGACGUGGCCUGGGAGGCGGCCGUCAGCCUGGAUGGAGAGUCGGGGACACCGGCCGGCAUGGGGAGCAGUGAGAGGACCCCGAGACUAGGAUGGAGUUGAUUAUUUUAAUGGAUGUCCUCUUGGUCUGCAGCCGGGGCCUCCCUCUGGCUACUUCCCAGCGGAGCCAAUGGCCAGAAACUGCUCACUGGUGGUUUUCAUUUUAUUCCAGUCCUUGCGGUAGCCUUUUAAGGACAUCUGCGAGAAGAAAAGGGGAGCGGGGAGGAGGUCACUUGGGAAAAACCGAUUGUGACGACUCCGAACGCAACCCCAUCCAGCCUGGGGGUGGCGCUCUGCAUGCUGCAGGGCGUGGCCACCUAGGGGCACCUGGAAGUGUCUGCUAGAGAGCUUGUUUCUAUCCAGUGAGGUGAGAAGCUGCAGGUUCCUGCCGUGACCCUUUGCUGCUUCUCCACUUCCGAUCUGAUAGGCCCCAGUUUGGGUCCCAAUCGAUUCCUCGCCGGGGAACGUGGAGCCAGGGCCCAGACACAAAAGCACCAUGCUUUGAGAAUGGUGCCUGAAGUGCACUAGGGGGCAACCUGCCCCCCCCCCCCCCCCCCGUGGCAUUCUGUGCUUCCCUUUUCUCUGAUGCCAGCACAUUUUUGCACUGUCCCAUUUCUCUUCCACAGCUCAUGCGGGCUACAGUGCUUCCCUGCACACUGUAUCACAGGGACAGGCUUCGGCAUUAGUCAGAAACCAAAAGACCUAUGGCACCUAUGUAAACACAUGGAAUCAGGCUCUAGGUGAUACUAAAAAUCCAUUAUUAUCUCAGUGUUUAAAAAACUG